AUGGCAGCCGCUGCAAUGGUUCUCGACGCAAAGCAGCCGCUUCCCCUGCCGCUCGCGUCGCCGAGAUCGGAAGCGGACGGCGGGACAACAUCCGCCUCCACUACCGGGGAGGAGGAGGACCUCUAUGGCCGCCUCAAAGCGCUGCAGCGCCAGCUGGAGUUCAUCGAGAUCCAGGAGGAGUACGUCAAGGACGAGCAGAAGAAUCUAAAGCGGGAGCUGCUUCGGGCUCAGGAGGAGGUGAAGCGUAUACAGAGCGUCCCCCUCGUCAUCGGCCAGUUCAUGGAGAUGGUCGAUCAGAACAACGGCAUCGUGGGCUCGACCACGGGCUCAAACUAUUAUGUGAGGAUCCUGAGCACGAUUAAUCGUGAGCUGCUGAAGCCUUCGGCGUCUGUGGCGCUGCACAGGCACUCGAAUGCGCUUGUGGACGUACUUCCGCCAGAGGCGGAUUCCUCCAUCUCUCUGCUCAGCCAGUCGGAGAAACCCGACGUCACGUACAACGUGAGUGAAUUGAAGCUAUGUUUAUUUUCUCUUCUUUAUGCCUUUGUUGAAAAUCGACCUAUGAAACAUAAAAAUUUGAAGAAAUUGGGCUUUUGUCCGCCUUUGAUUAUGAACUGGUGUCUAGUUUCAAUGGCAUGUUAUAAAACUAGGGUUUUCUCUUGACAUAUCGGCUUUCUGAUGAUAAAGUUUUUCGUCGUUUGAGAAGGCUUUACCGCCUCGGACGCCUUCAAAUUCUCCUGUUGAUUUGCUGAGUUCUUGUUCUUCACGUGGUUUGUUUCGUGUUUAAAAGCAAGGGAACCCCUCUAUUUAUGGUAAAAUCCCUGGGGUCCUUGUGGCUUAUACACGCAACUGCCUUCCCCCGAUGAUCGAUGCACGUGGAUGCUGAUCUCGGAAUCCCACUGCGGCUGUCUAUUGCUAAUGUAUAUCAGUAGAAACAAAUCUGGAUGAAACGAUGUCCAUGUCCAGUCCCUGUUUGAUACAAGAGCAUGUGUGCUACUUGCAGAUCCAAGCAGGUUGUGCUAUUCUGUUGUUGAAAGUAGGGAUUUGAUAGUAAUCCUAUUGAGUUGAACGCAUCUUUGUUGCCUACCUGAAUCUUUAAAAAUACGAAUUCAAUGUUAUGUAGCAUCAUGGAUGCUUCCAAGAACGGCAAGGAUUUAAUUAUUGGUUCCCAAUUUUGAAUCUGGCAUACGAUCUGCCACUGAGAUUCUUUGCAUUAUGAUUUGCAAUAGUCUUCCCCAGAAAUUCUAUUUUUCUUCCUGGAGGAAGUUUAGAAAUCUGAUAGGAAGACUUUGUCCUUCCCAAUGAUAAUCAUCUAAAGAACUAAGAUAUUUAGCAUUCCCAACAUGGAAGUUGGGACGAAGUUCAGCCAUUCUUAUAUUUGUUCGCACCUGAGCCUCUAUUGACGAGUUUCGUAGUUGGAGAUAUUAGUUUACAACGAUUCCUAUAUUAUUUCCAUGACAAUGUGAUGGCCCAGUAAAACCUACUUCUGUCCUGAGAACCAAACUUACCUAGCGAGUAAGAACUUGGGUAAAGUUUUCAGUGAUUGCUUAUUAGACCUCUACUUUUCUGUUAAUACAUUUCAGCUCAUCUCAGUUGCUGUAAGCCUUAAUCAUCUAAAGACGUGCUUUCUGAAAGAAACAUUUUCUAAUGGUCCUAUAUUUGCGGGUAGUUCUACAAGUCUUGAGAAUAGAGGGACAACAUAUGGCUAGACCGGAUACUCCUUAAAGCUUUGGAUAUUAAACAUUUUCAUAUUCUGUGAUAUUUGGGUCCUUUGCUGAAUUACACUUUUUUUGGGUCCUCUCAGGAUAUUGGGGGUUGUGACAUUCAGAAACAGGAGAUUCGAGAAGCGGUUGAGUUGCCUUUGACACAUCAUGAGCUCUACAAGCAAAUUGGUAUAGAUCCACCAAGAGGAGUUCUUCUCUAUGGGCCUCCGGGUACUGGUAAAACCAUGCUUGCCAAGGCUGUGGCACAUCAUACUACUGCUGCCUUUAUUCGUGUGGUUGGAUCUGAAUUUGUUCAGAAGUAUUUGGGUGAGGUAUGAGCCUUCUUUUUUAUAUGUUCGUAUCUCUUCCUGUUUUAUGUGAAUUUUCGUUCCGAAAAUUUUGGUGGAUGGUAACUUUUGAGAGAGAAGAAAAAGAUAUAACGCGUUUAAGGGUCAUCUUGUGUCUUGUUUGGGUUCCUGCAUUUUCUUGCAUAUGUCAUGAGAUAUGACUUCUGUGUUUGUUGCAAAUUAUAUAGCAUUCCCCCUCUUCAGUAAUUUAUAGAUUUUGUGGGGUGUUGCUCCUUGAAUUAUAUCUGCUCAGAUCCUGGAUGUUUAGUAUUUUCUUCCUUUGUAGUGUUUCGUGUUGUCCUUGUUUAGUGUAAGGGUUUGAUUUAUGAACAUCAUUCAUUUAGUGACUGAAAUUUUUCCCAGGGCCCGAGGAUGGUUCGAGACGUUUUUCGUCUUGCCAAAGAGAAUGCUCCUGCUAUUAUAUUUAUCGAUGAAGUUGAUGCCAUUGCUACAGCUCGUUUUGAUGCCCAAACCGGAGCUGACCGUGAAGUUCAACGUAUUCUUAUGGAGUUAUUGAAUCAGGUAAGAAUUAAGAAACAAGAACCCAAUUCAAGUUGAUGCCAUACGCUUUAUUGAACUUGCACUUAUGUUGUAAAGGAUGUAAAGUAUUACGUAAUGAGUUUUAAUUUAGCUGAUAACUGGUUGUAUAUUCAUGAGGAAUCUGGUAAACGAUGCCAUGAGCUGCAAAAAGUAGUUUCAUAAUACGUGAAUUAUUUUGGGUUUCACUUAUUAAAGAACUCUGGCAUGUUUUUUUUAUUUCAUUUUGACUUCAGCUAAUCGGACCUUUUUUUCAAAUGGUAAAGAAAUCUGUGAUUAGGCCAGAUAAAGACAAUCUUACGUAGGAUUGGCAUCUUACCACAAAUGUGUUUGGAUAAUUAUCCAUCUCAGCAGCCUUUGCCCACUCUGCUAGUGAAAGCAUUACCAUUUGAUCUGUGCCAAUGUAUUUCCUUCUGUUGAAAUCUUCUCUUGUUUCUUUCCAACACAGCCCACAAAAUGUUGAGCAAUACCGUUGGCACCAUUUAUUUCAACAGCCUAUUUGACGUAGAGGGUUUUAAAUCCUCAUGACAUCAUGAACAUUGUAAUCGUAUCCUUGAUUUCCAUUUUCGUUGAUAAAUGCUGACCGCACGUGAUCAAUGAUUUUACAGCCCGAAAACAGAUAAUCUAUAGCGUCCCUUGUAACGUAAUUAUCCCUUUUCAGCAGAUGAACCUUUUCUAUCUUUAUCUACUAGUGAUUAAGAAAAGUUGUUUACAUCUGAUGAUUCACUUUUUUUCAUGAUUACGUGAGAUACCUUGAAAAUUGAAAAGUAUUUAUCUACUUGGGAUAAGAAAAAGGGGCUUUCGCACAUGUUAUGAAGUUUUGUCAUCCUUUCAGAAUAUUUUUUUCAGAUUACUUCUGUUUUCUCUUAGCUACCUUUGGUCGGGAUUUCUGUGUCCAUCGUAUUUUCAAUGGCAAUUUCCUUUUCUUUCAUGUCUGCUUGAUAAAAAUUGGAGGACUGACCAUGCUGGGUCAGGCUGAUGAUUACCAAGUAGUUUCUGGAUCUUGGAAGGAAGCUAUGGCCGAGUCCUUAUCUGUGGGACCUCUACAAUCGGGCAGAGUCAAUUAUAUGAUUGCUUAUCUUUCUGAAGUUUAUAUUUCACUUUGUUAUCUUAUGUAUAUAGAUUAUUUGUAAUUACCAUGCUACACCUUGCUUUUAGAUGGAUGGGUUCGACCAGACUGUGAAUGUCAAGGUUAUCAUGGCAACAAAUCGUGCUGACACUCUGGAUCCUGCUCUUCUACGUCCCGGAAGACUAGACAGGAAAAUUGAGUUCCCUCUACCUGAUAGGCGUCAAAAAAGGCUUGUUUUUCAGGUAACAUUGAUAUAACUAGCACUGGCUGUUAGAUGUAUUACUAUUUGAAAUAUCGUGUACUCCAAUCUUCGUUGCUUACAUGACGUUUGACAUUACAAUUUAGAAAACGUUUCCUUAUAUCAGAGGUUAGACUACCGAACCAGAGUCUCUAGGUUUUAAUCUUCCAUUGGACUGUGAUGUCCCAUUUCGAGAAGAUUUGUUUUUGAGUCUCAUUUGAUCAUGCAAUUCUCUGUUGGAUGAAAGAGGAAUAAUCCAUUGAAAUGAGUUCUUUUAUGAACAAGGUUUUGGAACUGUGAUUUUGGUGGAGUAUCAAAAGUCAGCCUUGAAAUGUUGUAGAGCAACAUUUGAAAUUCGUCUGGAUCAUUUGAAAUUUGAUGGUGAGUACCAACUAACAGCCGUUUUUAAUGGCCUGAGAGGGAUUUUGUUAUUCUUCAACGGGUGUUAAGAUGUCCGUGACUGCCUUGACCCUUGUAAGUCGGGGUUCAUGAAACAUCAGUGUUCAAGUCUGUCCACGUCCUGGGAUUUCAGGCGGUGUUGAGUCCUUGAGCUCAACACUGGCGGCGCUGUGUUCUUGGAUUUUCUCUUUUUUUUUUUUCUCAUGCAACAAUCCAUGGUUGUUCUAGCUGUUUUUCUUUUUCCAUUCCGAAUUCUCUUAUUUGUAUAUAUAAUGCUAUUUUUGGGUCCCCUUUUAUUCACUUAAAAGAAGAGAGUAAAUGAAUGAUACAGCUGCCGUCUAUUUAUUUAGUUUGUGCUUCUCUCUACCUGCUGCAUCUUUCCCAGGUGUGCACUGCGAAGAUGAAUCUGGGCGAUGAGGUCGACCUCGAAGACUACGUCUCUCGACCCGACAAGAUCAGCGCUGCCGAUGUGAGCUCCCCAGGAAUUUUUAUUUUAACUAGAAAUUUAUUGGUUUUCUUCUCUUGGUCUCUCUCGAUAAUCCGCGUCCCUUGCUUCGGAGUGGACGUUUUUAUAUUUUCUUUAUAUUUUAUUUUAUUAUUUUAUUAUUUUAUUUCAUUGGAAGAUAUGAUCUGAGUAGUCUCCGUUGGAUGACCGAUGCAGAUUGCAGCCAUCUGCCAGGAGGCGGGGAUGCACGCCGUCCGGAAGAACCGGUACGUCAUCCUCCCCAAGGACUUCGAGAAGGGCUACCGCACCAACGUCAAGAAGCCGGACACCGACUUCGAUUUCUACAAGUGA